AAGGUUUUGUGGAUAUUGUAAUAGCCUUAGCACAAUGUCCCCAUAUUGAUGUGAACUGGCAGGACAACGAAGGGAACACAGCUCUGAUUACAGCGGCACAGGCAGGGCACGUAACCAUCACCAAUUACCUGUUGAACUAUUUUCCUGGCCUGGACCUAGAGAAGAGGAAUGCAUUUGGGUACACCGCCCUGAUGAAAGCUGCGAUGCAAGGUCGUACAGAGUGCAUCCGAGCCCUGAUGUUGGCCGGGGCGAAUAUUCACGCGACCGACCCCACCCGUAAAAUGAACGCACGGGAGUGGGCAUGUUUUACAGGAAGGUAUGAAGCGGCCUCCCUCAUUCAGAGACUACUGGACCGGCCCUGCCCCGAGCAGUUUAGUGAGUGGUACAAGCCGGAGUGGCCCGGGUUGAAGGAGACGACGGCCAAGGCGGUGGAACCCAAGAGCUGCUUGCAGAGGUUGUCGGGCUGCGUGCGGGCCACGCUGUUCUUCCGCCACCCCCGGGAGCCCGCGGAUGAGGGAGCCCUCGAUCACAUGGUCAGGAUGACGACGGGGCUGGGCAGCCCCUUCGUGGCGACAUCCUGUCGGACGGUGUGCCCAGAGAGCCCACCCUGCGUGGGGAAGCGCCGGUUGGCGGUGCAGGAGAUCCUGAGGUGGCGAAGGGCCCAGGAAUUGCAAUCUCAGGAGAGGGACCCCGUGAACAGCUACGAGAAGGUGUUUUCAAACUCCUGGGUCGUGGUGGUCCCCAAGAAGAAAGACAGGAGGGCCAGCCUCCAGGCUCUGCCCAGCACAGCUUCCCAGGCGGGCCCGGCGGCCACCCGCAAGACCAGCCUCCUGCCCCUCCACCUGUUGAGGAGAAGCAGCGUGAGGCCGGGCUUUGUUAUCCCAAAGGUCCGGAUCGACAAGGCGCCUCCGGCAACCUUCCAGCCGGAGCACGACCGGCGGAAGAGCGGCAGCGGUACCCGGAAUGGCACCUACCUCCAGAUUCCCAGGUGGAAGUACAAGGAGGUGAGGGAGGAGAGGAGAAAAGCAGAGGAGGAGGAAAAGAAGAAAGCCGACCAAACUCAGAAAGAGAAGCGGGCAUCCCUCAAGAGAAAGACUUGA